CCAAACACACACUGACAUUUACAGAGGGCCCACUAUGCCCCCACUGCCCUUACACACUCCUGAACCAGCACCUCGACGGGCACAUGGAAGACUCAGACAAGCCAGGAGCAAUAAUGCCCUUCCAUUCAAGCCAGACAACGCAGGAAGUGAUGAGCUCUGUCACCUAUACCUCAUUUAUCGCUGCAGUGACCCAGCCCUGUGUGGUAAAGCCCAUAGCCGGGUGCCCUACCUCUGGCAGCGGAAGGAGGGGAAGACCUGGAGCGCACUCCCAAACAACGAGGACAUAGAGAGAGACUACUGCAACUCAGCCAAAACCACACAGUGA